AUGAAAUAUUUUACUCUGCUAUGGAAGAAAUCUUACAGGAGCAAAGAAGAUAUUGAGCUGGUUUGUGAUGACACUAAUGAAAGAGUAAAGGAUCUUUUGAAUGAGUUUCAAGAGAAGAGAAUAACGAUUGAGAACACGAGUGAACAGCUGAAGAAAUAUGAGAUCGCCUCAGAAGGAGUGGAGGACCUGGAGAAAAACAUACUGGAGUCAGAGAAUAAAAUGCUAAAAGAUAACAUUGACUUGUUGCACGUCGAACUGGAAGAAAUUCGACAAGCUCUGGAAUUCAAAGAUCAGAGGCUGAGCCUGGAAUUGGCACAGUUCAUAUUAGAGACUGAAAACAGCAAAAAUGCCCUGCAAAAGUUGACAGGUGAACAUGAGCAACUCAAAAUUGAGUUAAGUCUUAAAAGGGAAAGAGACAGAGAAAAGAUAAAACAGUUAAAAGAGGAAAUGGAGAAAGAAAUGGCAUGCGUUGAAGCCUCAUGCAUGAAAGAGAAAACAGCCUUUGAAAAGAAGUUUAAGGAGCAGAAGCUGACAGUACAUGCAACCAUGGAGGUUGUUGGAAAUUCAGAGCUGGAUCAAAAAUUCAAAGAACAAAGAAAGACUGAGGCAGAGCAGAAAAACAAGAUUAAACGGCUCAAUAAGCAGUUGUGCAUCUCCAAUCAGGUGUGGGAAAAGAAGUUUAAGAUUUUAAGACGGAGUUUCCAUGCCAUCAAGAAUGAGAUGUUUUUAAGGCAGACGUUGCAAUGACAGUAAAUUCUACACAAUGCCUCAGUCAGCUUUGCGAGUUUUGAGUUAGACCAAAACAUGUAUUUUCCUUCAUCAAAGCUCCUGAUGUUACCAUGCUGA